GACACUUGCGAGAAAAACAAUCUGAAACAUCUGAAAUGCCUAAUGUGAUGUUGGGAAAGAGGUUAUGUGUUGAAAAAGUUGUAUAAAAAUAUAUUAAAUAUCAAUUUUCUGAAACAAAAGGUGGCUACACAAACUAAAAUGGAUUUAUUCAUCAUCAAUAGAUAUAAAGGUACCGGUGAAAAUAAUGAUGUCUCCGAAUCCUUACAUCUGCAAAGACUCAAGGAACAAAUUGAAGAAAGGAAAAAAGCUGCUAAGGAACUUUCAGUCGACGUAUCAUUAACAUUGAACGAAGAAGUUUUAAAUGAAUCAAAAGAAAAUUUGGAUCUUCCAGAAACUACCACAAAUAUUUUGGAAACAAAGUCUCCAUCAGAUGAUAAGAGAACUUUGAAAAAUCAAAUUGAAGUUAAAAAAGAUGAAGAAAAAAAAAGUAUCAGCGACUUCCAAGUGUUAGGCAGUAGUGAUUUUGAGAAAAAACCUCAGGUGGAAAGAGUUUUACCAUACUGGUUGUCACAUGCGUACAGUGUAUCAAAAAACUUGCAAAAAUUAACUUGUAAAGUGGAAGAACAAGUUUGGCUGCACAGUAUAUUAAAAGAGAACCUAACAAGAGAAGGCGUCACUCAUUUAUUUCCAGUCCAAGAGCAAGUUAUACCAUUUAUUCUACAGGAACAUAAACUGCCUGCUCCAUUGUGGCCUCAUGAUGUUUGUGUCUCUGCCCCAACUGGCAGUGGCAAAACGCUGUCUUUUGUUUUGCCAAUAAUACAGACCCUAAUGCCUGAGUUGGGACAUCACAUAAGAGCUCUCAUUGUUUUACCAGUUCAAGAGCUAGCUGCUCAAGUGGCUGCAGUAUUUAGAAAAUAUUGUACAAAUACUGGACUUAAAGUGGCCUUAUUAAGUGGAUCCACACCAUGGCAAAAGGAGCAACAACAGAUAUUGCGAUAUACCGACACACAUGGAUGGAUAAGUGAAACUGAUAUUAUUGUAUGUACUGCAGGCAGAUUAGUAGAGCACCUACAAAACACCGAAGGUUUCUCACUAAAACAAUUAAAGUUUCUUGUAAUAGAUGAAGCUGACAGAAUUAUGGACAAUAUCCAAAAUGAUUGGUUAUAUCACUUAUAUAAGCACAUCAAACUAGAAGGGCAUGCAACUAAUAAAAUUGCACAUCUAAACUGGGAUUUUAUCUGCGACACAAAAGCACCACCACACAAACUUCUAUUUUCAGCAACAUUAUCACCCGAUCCGGAAUUGUUAGAACAAUGGGGUCUUUUUCAGCCUAAACUUUUCUCAGUUGCUCCCAUAUCAGACUCAUUAAAUAAACUUCAAAUCAAAAAGUAUACUACACCAGAUGAAUUGAAGGAGCAGUUUGUUUUGUGUUCCAUUGAAGAAAAGCCACUUGUUCUAUAUCAUUUUGUGGUUGAACAGAAAUGGGAUAAAGUUCUCUGCUUUACAAAUUCAGGUCAAUCGGCUCAUAGAUUGACAAUGCUCUUAAAUAAUUGGGCCCAGAAUCAAAUAAAAGUUGCAGAGUUAUCUGCAUCUUUAGAUAGAUCAUCAAGGGAUAAUGUUUUGAAAAAAUUUAAGAAAUGUGAAAUUAAUGUUAUUAUAAGCACUGAUGCUUUAGCAAGAGGAAUAGAUAUACCAGACUGUAAUUAUGUAAUAUCAUAUGAUCCUCCAAAGAAUAUAAAGACAUAUGUACAUAGAAUAGGACGAACUGGCAGAGCUGGCCACAUAGGGAAUGCUGUUACUAUCUUGGUUCAAAAUCAAAUGCAGAUGUUCAAGGAAAUACUGGAAUCCGGCGGUAAGGCGGAUAUCCCACAAAUAGAAGUUACAUCAGACAAGUUAACACCUCUAAUAAGUAGUUAUCAGCUAGCUAUUUCAUCAACAAAACAGUCGAUCUAUGUUGAAAACAACACGAAGGUUAAAAAAUCCAUAGAAUUAAAGCGAGGAGCCAAAACAAAAUCGCGGAAACGAAAACACAGCGAAGGCAAAACAAUUAAUUAAUUUUCAAUAAAUUUUAAUAAAUGACGAA